AUGGACGUUCUCGCCGAAAUGGAAGCAGUGGCCGUCAGCAUGUCUGAAUGUGUCUUGAGCACCAACGUUUCCGACGUGGAUGCUGAGCGAUGGCAACGUCUGUUUGGGUAUACCCAUUCCGAAGCGGUGGGACAUAUUGAAGAGCACCGCAACAACUAUCCACGAGGCAGAAUCCAAGACGAUGUCUGGAUGACCGUCCGCUCACGGAAGGAAGCCGAAGGGUACGACCGCGAGGCGUACGAAUACUCUCUGACCGACAUCGCCCAGCUUCAGCACCAGCAUUGCGUGCAAUGUGAUACUACCGAACAAAACCAGCCAGGCACCGAAGAUUCCAUAAUCCAGCUAGAAGACCCUCUGGACACCCCUGAAAAGAUCCAGUGGGUUGCAGGUCUGACCGAGACUCCAACUGUAUUGAUUGGAUCGGGCACGGCUGGAGAAACGCGGCGGUUCUGCCGAAUCUCCCCCUCUGUAAAGGCCCGAGUGCUCGCAUGGCUGGCCCAGUAUCACCCUGGCUUCCGACCCACUGUGGCACGACUAUACAACAUGGCCAGACACAAUAUAUCCUCUUCCACCAUGGCACCUAUGACACCGCCCAUUAACGGCGGGAGAUAUACCCUCUUUCCCCCCAGCACCCUGCCAGAUCCUGUGGAACAGUACCCUAUCUGGUAUUUCUUCUACGGCAGGCAGACUCACCCAAAGCUCCUGUUGCGGCAGCUUGGUGUGAACCUUGAGCCCACUCCUGUUCGCGCACGUCUUGAAGGAGCUCGUCUGCGAACUUUGGGAGCUGGCAAGUACGAGGCAUUGGUUGAUGGAGGUGCAGGCAGUGCAAUUUUGGGUUGGGCUUGUCGCAUCGACACCAAUGAGCAGGAAGAUGCAUUGCGCUUUUAUGAGACCGAAAAGCAUGAGCUUGUUAGAUGCCAUAUCGUCACAGAAUAUGGGACAGUUCCUGGUCGUACCUUUCGGUUUGCCGGUUCCGUGGAGGAGUUGGACUGA